ACAGUGUGCAGGAGAGCGAGUGAGAGCGAAGCGAGCAAGAGAGAGAAGCGCGAGAUAGAGUGAGUGAGUGAGAAUGUAUGGUGUCAGGGUAACGCUUCCUUGCUUGUAUCCAGGGCCUUUGUGAAUACACCAUGGGAUGCAUCGGCUCACGGAGACUCACGGCAGAUGGAGUGCCAGUAAAGGAUGGGGAACAGCAUGGAUGUUCAGAAUUUUCAUGGGAAGGAAUCAAUCUGUCUAUGGAAGACACCACGUCCAUCCUGCCUCGUCUGAAGAGGAACAAUUCCAAUAACUACGGGAUCGGUGCUCUAGCUAAGUCCUCACUGACAGGUGUGUCAGGUGUGAAUCGCUCCAUGAAGGACAAGGUGACCAAGCCUACGUCCAUGGCCCAGGGCCGGAUGGCACACAUGAUCGAGUGGCAGAACUGGGACAUGUCUGUGGUGGGCCCGGGGGGCGUCUCCGUCCCACGCAAGUCCACGGCAGAGCAGGAGAUGGAGAGACGGUUGGAGAGCGACGCCUACAGCGACCUCAGCGACGGGGAGAAGGAGGCUCGCUUCGCCGCAGGUAUCCUGCAGCAGUUUGCCAUCUCCCAGGCAACGCUCAUGGCCUGGACCUCCAUGGAUGGAGAGAGCCUGAGGUCAGGGUCCAACCAGGGCAGUGUGGCCCACCUUAGCGAAGUCAACCAGGAGAGCAUCACCAGCCGAGACCAGAUAUUGCACCACUCCUCUGCAGACAUGUGGCCCAACACCUAUGUCGCCCAGGGUCUCUACUGCCUCUCCUCCUCCGACGCCUGGGAGCCAAUCAGCAACGAGCCCUCCGGAGUGGCCUCUCCUGCUGCUGGCUCCUAUGUGAUGCAGCAGGGCGGGACUUCCUGUGAUGGGUAUGAUGGGAACGCGUUGCUGCAGCAGCAACAGCAGCAGCAGUUCAACCUACAGCAGCAGAGUCAGCUCCAGCAGCUGCAGCAGCUGCAACAGAUACAGCACUACCAGCAACAGCAGCUCCUGUAUCAGCAACAACAGUCUCUGGAGCAAAGGCUGCACAGCGCCAACCACUCGUUGCAAGCCACACCCAACAGCACCAUCCACAGCCUGGCCCCUGCCACCCACGCCCCAUUGGUGGACCUGUGGGGGGCGGGGCAGACGGAGUCCUAUCACGCGGAUAUUGGAGGGUACAACAUAGGCGUGGCAGCGGUGGUGGAGGCGGCUCUGAGUGUUCCGUCUGGGGACGAGGGGGCGGGGACAGAACACUCCCCUCUGCUGGAGCAGCAGGAGGAGGAGGAGCUGAAGGACGAGGAGGUGACACUGUGCAUGGAGCCGGAGUCUGCCACUCUAACCCAGCCCACACAGCGAGACGAAGCCAUCGCCUCCGGGGGCAGUAGUCCGGGUCAACGUAGUCCGGGGCGCAGUAGUCCAGGGCGCAGUAGUCCGGGGCAACCACCAGCACAACAAAUCACAGAGCGGAAGGCCUCUGAUGUCAGCUGUGGAGGCAUCCAGAUGCUGGAGGAGAAGGAUGAGAAGCAGGGGUCUGCUGUUGCUGCCAUGGCAACCAACUGAUUGACAGAUCGUCCUGAGAGACGUGACAGGCGUCAGGAAUGACUGAUCCUAAUAAUGAAAUAUUUAUCAAUAAAUCUGUUCCUUUUCAGGUAUCAAACACAUUUUUGAUGGGAUAUAAACUCUUGUGACCACUGAAGAGGAGGAAUAUUUGGAAACUGACUUAUACAGUGACAACAGCUGGUCCAACGGAUAACCUUUUUUUUGGAAGCCUUACAUCCCCGAGAGAAGGAGGAGGGAGGAGUAGAGGGAGGGAAAAGAGACUGAGUGAGGAAAAGGAGGUAUGAGGGGAUAAUCAAAAGAGGAGCAGCUGAGAUACAGACAUCAGGGAAAGGAAACCGAGGAGGAGGGAAUUGAAACAUGCAUGCUUUUUAAACAAACAACUUGAUCCGGUCCAGCGUCAAAUAUGAUAAUGAUAAUAACAUCUAUAGUUAGAAAACAUUAUAAUGACCACAAUGAUUUUCUAACAAAGCAAAAAAUCAUGACAACACAAAAAUCUAUGUAUAAGUGUAUGAUAAAAUAAUAUAUAUCAAAAUCACGGUUUUUACAACAAUAUCUCUCCAUGGAAGAGCUACUCUGUUUACAGCUUACACUCAACACAUCAAAUAUUUUCAACCCCAUAACUUGAAGAACAGCAACACUCACAUGGUAUACCCUCUCCUCUUAUGUCGUUCACAUCUGGCAUCCACAACACUUAUAGAACUAACUGCACGAAUACAGAACAACUUUAGUAGGUUGGGUUCAUCAUAACCCCCUUAAAAUUACACCUAUUCGAUUAUCCCCAAAAACCAAUUAAAUCCAAAUUGGGUCUCUGCAACCUAACCACUGCAGUGAAAUCUACUUUAACCCUCCUAACACAGUUAGAAAGACACAACGUUACUAUGUUGCUGUGUUCUCCAGAUGUCCAAGGCACAUAAAGGCAGCAGGCCUCACCUGUCGGCUGCACACACAGCACUGCACAGUUCAAGGAUUGUACUGUACAGUAAGAUAGUGUGCUUCCUACUCUGUCUUUCCGUAUGUUUCUUCAGAGUAGUAUGGACUACCUGUCCUAUAUUGAACUGUAUAGACUUUGCACUGAACCUAGGACACUGGGCUGGUGCUGGGCCAGAGAGGGCUAAGGGCAUGGGGCUCCUGGUAGUCUGCUUGACUGUGCAUCUUGACUGACAGGUCCGUGUCAUGGAGUGAAUGGUGAAGAGACAAAGCUGUAGUAGUGAAUCUCUUUGCACUGAUGCAAUCCAACAGAUCAGAGACUGCCUUUGGACUCUGUCACACGUCAAUGUCCUUGAUUACUGUUCAGAAAGAGCUCUUAGCAUCACCAAGAACCAAAACAAAACCACUAGACGAAAUGGAUUCUGAGCUGUUGUUCCAUGUUCCAAACUAGAGAUCGCUGGAGGAAGAGGGAGUGCUUUGGAGUGUUUUAGUACCAACAGAAACAGGAUUUAGAUUGAGAUGUGAUUUGUUUUAACUCAGAUUGUUGUUUUGAUGUCAGCUCUUGGGGACAAUACCAAGCUUUUCUUUGUGGAGAAAAGAUGAGAAAAUGUUUCUCUCAAAGGUGUAAGUUAGAGCUGUUUGAAUUGGGUACUGAUUCUUAAAAGAGCAAAAACACAUCUUCAAAAUUGUAACUAAUUACUGUGGAGCCAAACACAGGUCUCCUAAAUGGCUUGUGGCCACUACUGUCGUACAGAUGUAAAUACUAAUGAGAGAGUAUAUGAACCACCUCUCUCACAGCCACGACUGCAACAGUUUCUUUAUUUUUCUACAAGUCUCAGUCCCAGCUCUUUCUUUUGGGAAUCUUCAUGAGCUCCCAAAUGAAGCUUAUUGCGUUUAGAUUUGUUUCUAUCACCACACAAGUAAAAGGAAAAGGAUAGUGGAAUGUCAACAUUGUAAAUAGUGUGAUCAUUGAAAUAUUGGAUAUCGGAAUAUUGUUGUAAAAUAAUGCAAAGGACCUAAUUUGACUGGGUCCAAGGAGAACAUUGAAGUCAAUCAGGCAAUAGAACUGAAUACUAGAACCAAACACUAGAACCAAACAGAACCGGUAUCUUCCUACUCAUGGUGACUACAGUGAUGGAGCAAAACUCUACAUGAUGUUUGAGUUAGCGUGUGUAUUUCCCGAAGAGGAAUGUGUGUAUCCCAAUGGAGGAAUGGUAGUGAAGUUCGGAGACAUGAUAGAAUAGUGGAAUUUGCUCUGGAUAUACUGGUCUGGAAUAUCUGUGCACGCAUCACUAAUAAAAACAUAAACAAUCACGAUUAUUAUUAUUAUUAUUAUUAUUAUUAUUUGACAGAGAACAACCUUCUCCUUUCACUCUGAUGAUUGUGUGAAAAAACUUUUAAGAUAAAAAGGUUGAUUGACUUGAAUUAAUUAAUUUAUUGAUCGAUUAUUUUUGCAAUGUUGGGACAAUUGUUAUUUUUCUACUGAAUUAUUGACACCCCCUCCAGUAUAAGAUAGAAUAUGUGUGGUUGAUGUAAAGCAGUUUUGUGUUGGUUGGGGCUCUUUCUGAUUGGGCAAACAGACAGUGAUAAUAAUACCCUAGGGCAGGGGUGGAAACUUCUGGGCGGCUACAUUGUGUUUGUGUGCAGGGUUUUCUUCCAGCCCAGCACUAAUACAAUCUUCAAUGGCCACAAUUAAUUGUAAUCAGUUGUGUUAAAGCUGGGCUGGAACAAAAACCUGCACACACUGACUGCAUCCCUCCAGGACAAGGGUUAGGGUUAAGGUUACCCACCUCUUCCCUGAAGCUGCCCAUCACGAAGCACACAAUGAUGGCAUUUACAUAGUCAUAACCAGUCAUGAAGAUUCGUGUCACUGCUGCCAUGAUCACCCAGGCAAUGACAACACAAUCUCAACCAUACAACUUCCUUUAGGCUACUAGUCACAAGUGUCCAUCAGCUGUCAUGAACACGUAUGACAUGCGUCUGCAAGACAAGUUGUAUAUUGGUGUUAGAACUAACCAGGGCUAGGGGUCUAUCCUGACCACGUGACCUGACCAGGAGAGACCCAGCGCCCCUACUUAGAACAGAUUGUUUUGGUGAGCUGCUACCUUGUGGUGUAUUUGAGUUUGUGUUAUACAUUAGCCUUCACCUGUCUAUCUCAGACUGGCUCUGAGAGCUACAACCUUAAGGAUGUCUUUACCCAACCACUCUUAUUCAUUCAUUUAUUUAAUUAUUAUUUGGGGGGAGGAAUAACAUGACAGCCUGUACAUAGUUUAUUAUUUAUUGUAGGUAAGUCUUUUUGAAGCAGUAUUGUUCUGUGUGUUGUCCUUGGGCUUUCUGUAGUGUUAUACCUUUGACCCCAGAGAGAUUGUUCUGAUUAAUUGAAAACACAAACAUGGACCCAGAGAAUGAUACUACUUCAAUUAAGAUGUUUUAUUGAUUUUUUGACGAUUAAGAACUUACUGAAUGAAUAAACUAAUAACAAGAAGCCAAAUGUA